CAUAACGUGUUUUUCUUGAUAUGGAAUAACAUGUGGUAGCGUUACAUCCCUUCAGUAUAUUUACAGUAAUUUAUGAUCUCAGUGGAAUUGUCCGCAAAUACAGGCGGGAAGCUCAACUGUUCAGUUGAUGUUAUGUUUGGUCUCUGUGUAGGAUUCUGACUCUUGGAGAAGACUGAUUCUGGUUUUUAUAUCAUGGACAGCAAGAGUGGUCGGUUUCCUUUCCCGUUCCAGCCCUAUACGAUCCAGGAGAGCUUCAUGGAGACACUGUACACUGCUCUGGAUCAGGGGAAAGUCGGUAUAUUUGAGAGUCCCACUGGCACGGGUAAGUCUUUGAGUCUUAUUUGCGGUGCACUGACAUGGCUGAGAGACUAUGAAGAGAACAAGAAACAGGAGGCAGCCAGGUUUCUGAAUGGUGAGACUGAAGGACCGGAAAAACAGACUGAAGCUGUAAUGGACGGGAACAAUGCCACCAAGCCAUCAGAGCCAGACUGGGUGUCUGAGUUUGUGCAGAAGAAAGCCGAGAGAGACAUGGUGAACAAGUUAAAGGAUGAGGAGCUGAAAAGGAAAAGGAGAGAGGAAAGACUGGAGAUGAUAAGACACAACGCCCAGCUCCGAUAUACUAUGAAGAGAAAAGCCACUGAAGAUGACGAGACUGUAAAGUUGCUGCAGCUCAGCAAAGAGGGGGUGGAGUCAGAAGCACAUGAUCCAGAGGAGGAGGGGCUUAUUGUAGCCGAAUAUGAGAGUGAUGAAGAGGCCACGCCCAAGAACAGGCUGUGUGAUGAUGACGAUGAUGAAGAUCUGGAGGAGGAUCAUGUCACCAAGAUUUAUUACUGUAGCCGAACUCACUCUCAGCUGGCCCAGUUUGUGCACGAGGUGCAGAAGAGUCCAUACGGGGCCACGGUUCGUUUGGUUAGUCUGGGCUCCAGACAGAACCUGUGCAUUAAUCCAGAGGUCGUGCGGCUCGGAAACGUUCAAAUGAUGAAUGAUCGUUGUUUGGAAAUGCAGAAAAACAAACAUGAGAAACGAGACAAGGAGGCAGACUCUGAGCCAAAGCGCCGUCGUGGUGUUGCCAAGGCGACGUGUGCCUUCUCGGGUUUUGAGAAUUUGAUGUCAAUGAGGGACGAGGUGCUGGUGAAGGUUCGAGACGUGGAACAGCUCCUACAGCACGGGCGGGACAAACACACCUGCCCCUAUUACAGCACACGCUUGGCCAUACCUGCAGCUCAGGUGGUAGUGUUGCCCUAUCAAUCUUUGCUCCAUGCGUCCACUCGCAAAGCAUCCGGGAUCAAACUAAAGGAUCAGAUUGUAAUUAUAGAUGAGGCUCAUAAUCUGACUGACACAAUCUCAGCCAUACACAGUGUGGAAAUCAGCGGAGCACAGCUCUGCAGGGCUCAUUCACAGCUCUCCCAGUACUCUGAGCGCUACAGAAGUCGAUUGAAGGCCAAGAAUUUGAUGUACAUCAAACAGAUCCUCUUUGUGUUGGAGGGGCUUGUGCGCACACUUGGAGGUAAAGUGGGUCAGAAUCCAAACAUGCAAUCCUGUCAACCAGGAAGUGAGCUGCUGACUAUCAACGACUUCCUGUUUAAGGCUCAAGUUGAUAACAUAAACCUUUUUAAGGUUCAGAAAUAUUUUGAGAAGAGUAUGAUCAGCAGGAAGCUGUGUGGAUUUGUGGAGAAAUAUGAAGGCAUCGGUGUAAACACACACUCCAGCUCUACAAACAAAGAGAAUCGUCGUAUUGAAGGACUAGGACGUUUCCUUCAGACGCUGCAGAACAAAUCUACAGAUCUUGCAGAACAGCAGGUGGCAGUAGAGGACAGACCCGUAAUGGCUUCACCAAUGAUGCUGGUGGAGAGUUUCCUAUUUGCCCUCACUAAUGCCAACAAAGAUGGACGAGUCAUGAUGCAAACGCAGGCAUGUCUGUCCCAGAGCAGUCUGAAGUUUCUCUUGCUGAACUCUGCAGUUCACUUUGCACAGAUUGUCCAGGAGUGCAGGGCUGUGAUCAUCGCCGGGGGAACCAUGCAGCCUGUUACAGAUUUUAAAGAGCAGCUUUUGUUUUCAGCUGGGGUAACGGAAGACCGUAUUUUAGAAUUCUCAUGUGGUCAUGUCAUACCCCCUGAGAACAUCCUGCCCAUAGUCCUUUGCGCUGGCCCCUCAGGACAACAGUUGGAGUUCACUUUUCAAACUAGGGACACACCACAGAUGAUGGAAGAGACGGGCCGUGUUUUGUCCAACCUGUGUAAUGUAGUGCCGGGGGGCGUGGUCUGUUUCUUCCCCUCCUACGAAUAUGAAAAGAGAAUUUUGGGACAUUGGGAGAGCACUGGAGUCCUGCAGCGCUUACAAUCUAAGAAAAAGAUAUUCCAGGAGCCGAAAAAAGCCAGUCAAGUUGAGCAAGUGCUCAGUGACUACUCCAAAAGUAUACAGCGCAACAUUAAUGCUGGAAGUGGCCAGUCGGGGGCGCUGCUUUUCUCUGUUGUUGGAGGAAAAAUGAGUGAAGGAAUUAAUUUCUCAGACGAACUGGGCAGAUGUGUGGUUAUGGUUGGAAUGCCGUAUCCCAACAUAAAGUCACCGGAGCUGCAAGAGAAGAUGUCUUACCUGGACAAGCACAUGCCUCAUGUAGAUGGUAAAAGUCCUGGGAAGGCCUUGAUUGAGAGUCUGUGCAUGAAAGCUGUCAAUCAAUCUAUUGGUCGUGCAAUCCGUCACCGUGGCGAUUAUGCAUGUAUUGUGCUGUGCGACCAUCGUUACGCCCGAACAGGCACGCUGCAGAAACUUCCAGAUUGGAUCCGAUCCAGCACACAGACGCAAACUAGCUUUGGUCCAGCCUUCGCCAGCAUCAGGAGGUUUUUUCUGGAGAAGCGACAGAGACCGCAGCUCUAAACAGACACGAGGCCAUCGACUCGCCAGAGCUGAGCUGCAGAUGUAUAAAUACUAUGUGUGUUCUGCAUAAUGCAUGUUUGUUUGACUGCUCAGGCCUUGUAAAUGAUUUAGGCAGAGUUCUGCCACUCUGCCCUCACGUUCUGCAUUUCAGCAUUUGUGUUUCUUGUUUAGUUCUGAGAACUUUGAUUUCAUUAAAGCUGCUCUAUACGAGACUGAGACAAAGACUUGGUCUCUGUUUGUCAGGAUUGGAGUCAUGAUCCAGACCAAAACUACACUCCUUAAGACCCUGUACAAGUGCAAAAUUAUUUUAUUAAUUUUAAAGGAAUAUUCCGGGUUCAGUAUAAGUUAAGCAAAAUCGACAGCAUUUGUGGCAUAAUGUUGAUUUCCACAA